AUGGUCAAAAAUAUUAUUGCUGAUGAAACUCCGAGUCGCAAUCAAGAAGAAAGAAGCUGCAGUGAUGAACUAAAAGGGGAAACCACUAAUAUUGGGCAUAUAAGUCAGUUGGAGAACGCAUCACCCAGCAGAAGCCCUAGCAUGCUAGAAAAUCCACAUUGCCAAGAAAGUGGUAAUGAUCGGCUCAUAAUACUUAAAAACACUGCAGUUGGAUGCAUUAUCAAUUUCCUGACUUAUCUUAAGAAUAAAUAAAGAAAUAUAAAAUUUUUGACUUCAAAUUUUUAUUUUAACUAAAAUUAAUUGCUUUCUCUUUAUUAAGUGGAGUAAGGAAGCACAGCCCAUCUCCAAUAGAAAGUAUAAUAGAGCAUGUGAAAUCUAAAGAGCACACUCUUCUCACCUCAACAAAAGGGAAAUACAAAAAAGAUGCCUUUAAAAUCGUAGAUUAUGCGCUGUCUUGGUACCCAAAGCUUUUCUUAUUAAAUGAUCGCUUUCACUACUACUUAAACGUAAUUUAA